UAUAUAUGUAUAUUAUUUCGUCGAGUGACAGCUGUAAACGAUGAGCAGAGGAGGCGGAUCUUCCACCUAUGUCAUAAAGGAUGUAUGAAAUUCUCUUUGCAUUAAUUAUGAGUGACAAAACAACGGAGCUAGAACAGUGGAAUUGGCACAAAUAAUUGAGAAUUUUAUGUAUAAUUAUACAAACAUGUGCCCUGCACUUUUGGAAAAUGAAGAGCGAUGCUUGGGAGGCAUGACUUUCUUUGCACAAAGUCACCCAGUAGAAGUUUGCGGCAGCAAUGGUCUACCACUCACACCAAAUUCCAUAACUAUUUAUGGGAAGUCACAAUUUCUGAAGACCAUUUAUCAUCCUCAUCUCUCACCCUAUCUGGAUAUAAUUAGAAGCAAGCAUGAAAGAGUACUGGUUGUCUCAGAGUACAGCGGAGACCCAUUAAGCACCAAACAUGAUCUACGUACAGAAGAAAUUAUCAAGAUAGCCUUUCAAUGUCUCUUGGCACUAAAACACAUGAAUGAAUUAGAUCUGGUACAUAGACAUUUAAGUCCGGAUAAUAUUCUGAUUAAGGGAAAUAAUGAUGUCCAGCUAUAUAAUUAUGGAUUAUAUUAUAUGACAGAUGGUGGAAAGAAUGUCUCCUUUCCAAUUGGAUCUCCAAAAUAUACAGCACCAGAAGUAUUCCUAAAUCCUAGUCUAAGUGGUGCUAAGGUAGAUUCAUGGUCACUAGGAAUGAUUAUAGCGGAACAGUUGUUGGGACAAUCCAUUUGGUCUGGUGUGAAAUUAUCUCAAUGUUUAAGAAAAGUUUUGAGUUUAAUAUUAUGUGAUACCAGCAUAUUCGAACGUCUUGCCAGGGAAAACAAUUGUUUCCACAUUUAUGAAAAGUUGUCAAAAGAGUUAAAGGAAUUUGUAGAUUCGUGUUUACAAAUUCAUCCUAUUAAACGUAAAACUCCAGCAGAAUUGUUAGAAUUACCUAUAUUUGUAGAUUAUUUAAUGAAAAAUGCACAGGAAAAAGAAGAAAAUCUUUAUAAAAAUGUUAUUAUUAGAAAAAUGGACGAGUUGUAUUAUUUGUGGCAGUUGGCUGGUGGAGAUAUUACUAUGGAAUUAAAAAAACAAGGUCUCAUUAGAUCAAGACCACCUAUUUUAUCUAUUCCAAACUUAGUCAUAUUACUAGGCCAAAUGUUUGGCCAAAGGGAUACCGCCAGCCUACUCGAUACAAGGAUCGUGAAGGUUCCUAUGGAGACUCUUCGCCAGCGUUUAGCUCAUAUUCCGUAUAUAGCAAAUUAUCCUUGGUUGACAAAUCAAAUGCGAGUUCAGGCACAGGAAGACUUGACGAAUGCUGCAUCUCAGUUGCCAUUAAUUAUAAGAGAACGCGACACGGAAUACCAGUUUUACAGGAUGGUCUUAUUUGAUAGACUCUUGCAGGCGUAUCCACUUACUCAGGAGGCAAUUAUCGAGGAGGCACACAAGGAUAUACCACCUCCAGUAAGAGGUGCGGUAUGGGCGGCUUUGCUCGGUAUCACCGGUAACAUAAAGAAGCGUUACGAUAUGAUCGACAAGGAGACACCCACUCACACUGAUCGGCAGAUAGAGGUGGACAUACCAAGAUGUCAUCAGUAUAGCGAAUUACUGUCGUCUGGUGCUGGACACGAACGAUUACAGAGAUUAUUAAAGGCAUGGGUCAGAAAUAAUGCGCAUUAUGUUUAUUGGCAAGGACUCGAUUCGCUGACUGCGCCUUUUCUUUAUUUAAAUUUUAAUAACGAAGCCCGAGCAUUCGCGUGUCUUUCUGCCUUUAUACCGAAAUAUCUUCAUAAAUUCUUUUUAAAAGACAACUCGGCAGUGAUACAGGAAUAUUUAGGCAAGUUUUCGCAAAUUAUUGCAUUCCACGAUCCCCAGUUGGCGAAUCAUCUAAAAUCCAUAAAUUUUGUACCAGAACUCUUUGCGAUACCGUGGUUCCUAACAAUGUUUUCACAUGUAUUUCCACUGCAUAAAAUAUUACAUCUGUGGGAUAAACUAUUACUGGGCGACUCGUCAUUUCCUCUUUUGGUUGGACUUGCGAUAUUGAAGCAAUUGAGAGACUCCUUAUUAAUGUCAGGUUUUAAUGAAUGCAUUCUUCUGUUCUCUGAUCUGCCAGAGAUUGAUAUAGAACUGUGCGUUAAAGAUUCUAUGACGAUGUAUCAAAAUACACCCGCCAGCAUCACAUAUAGAAAACAUCAAUAUAAUACAGCAAAGGAUGCAAAUUGGAUCGAACCUGAAACGGGAACUGAAAAAAUGCCGAGGAUAAGUGUAGACGAUUUUCUAAAUCUCUACAACAAUUCGCCGAGUAAAAUUAUAGCAGUCGACGUACGUAGCAAUAUACAGUUUGAAAGAGGUGCUAUUCUGAGUAGCAUUAAUAUUCCAUUUACGAGUGUGCAGUUGUCUCAAACUCAAAUCGAGACACUUGGACCGCACGCAAAACCGUUGAUGGAUAAUAAAAAUAGCGUUGUUGUAAUUAUUGGACCGCACGAUCAAAAUAACGCGCUGUUUGCAGAUUUUUUAGUAAAGUGCAACGUCGUAGGAGUUUGCUCUCUGCAAGGCGGAAUUAAUGCAUUACGAUCCAAAUCUCCGAACAUCAUAGUACCUGCAGCACGUUAACUGAAUUACGUAAUUACAUUACUGUGUAUAAAAUACUCAGAUUUAUUUCUCAAUACAAUAUAAUUGAUAUUAUAUGCUCUAUAAAACAUA